AGUGCACGCUGGUGCAGAGGAAACUUACGAGGAAGGAAGGCGGGAGUGGGUGGAGGGGAGGAGACGCUGCUUCCCUGCCAAAGGGGGGUUCCUGUCACGUGACCCCACCCCACUCCCUCACUGCCCUGUCUGGUGGGUCCGGAGCUGAUCGCACGAGGGAGCUUCUUGGGGAGCUCGGUCCCUUGCCCCUUUGUGAGCUGCCUGCUGUGCGGAGAGGACGGUGAGGGGAAAGAAUUGAGGCCCAGGCUGGGAGACCUAGGCCUGGGUCGGAGGUGGAGUGGGACAGCCCCGGCUCCGACCGCAGCAGACUUCUUUUCACUCGUGGACAUGGCAGGGCCAAGGCGAAGCUCAUCACCCGGCGCCCGCCGUUCCUCCUGAAAGCCAGGCUCGUGCUUGUGUGUCCCGCGCGCCCCCUGGCAUGUUUCGCCAGUGGUCGGUGCAGUCGGGACCGGCCCCCCGACGGCCUGACUCCCAGGCGGCCGCGGAGGAGCUGUGGGAGGAAGAAGUGGAGCGGCUGUGCGCCUCCCGGGCGCCGGUACGGAUGCUGCCCUACGCCAUGGCAGACAAGCGCUUCAUCCGGAAUCUGCGGGAGCCCGAGGGGGUGAAGACCUCCUGCUGGCAGCGGUGGCGUCGCCGAGGGCAGGUGGCCCGACAGCAUCUGAGGGAGGCAGCGCAGAGGCUGGCCCACGGCUUCGGGCUCUGGGAGGAAGCGCUCUACGAGAUUGGGGGCCUCUUCGGGACGGGCAUCCAGUCCUACUUCACGUUCCUCCGCUUCCUGCUGCUGCUCAACCUGCUCACGCUACUGAUGACGGGCAGCUUUGUCCUGCUGCCCCUGGUCUGGCUCCACCACCCUGAGCCAGGCCCUGCCCUGAAACUGACAGGCCUCCAGUGCCCCGGCAGCCACCAGCCCCAGAGUGGCAUUCCAAGGUUCCACAACCCACUUUGGAAUAUUCUAACUGGCAGGGGUAAGCACUUAGAACAGGCCCAGCAUGCCACCUGCAUUCACACGUGCUCACUGUGUCCCCAGGCCUUCAACAACACCUAUCUCUUCUACGGUGCCUACCGGGCAGGGCCAGAGCACAGCUCAGGGUACAGCAUCCGCCUGGCCUACCUCCUCAGCCCAAUGGCUUGCCUGCUCCUCUGCUUCUGCGGGACAUUGCAGCGGAUGGUAAAGGGGCUCCCACGGCAGCCACUCCUGGGCCAGGGCUACAGGGCGCCCCUCAGCGCCAAAGUCUUCUCGUCCUGGGACUUCUGCAUCCGGGUGUGGGAAGCCGCCACCAUCAAGAAGCACGAAAUCAGCAAUGAACUGAAGGUGGAGCUGGAAGAGGGCCGCCGCCUGGAGCUGGCUCAGCAGCAGACCCGGGCCCAAAAGGCCUGCCGCCUGCUUACCUACCUGCGGACCAAUGUCCUCAUUGGACUCCUAGUGGCCGGAGCCAUCAGCGCCAUCUUCUGGGCCACCAAGUACUCACAGGACAACAAGGAGGAGUCCCUUUUUCUGGUGCUGCAAUACCUGCCCCCUGGAGUCAUUGCCCUGGUCAACUUCCUGGGUCCCCAACUGUUCACAGUCCUGAUCCAGCUGGAGAACUACCCUCCCAGCACCGAGGUCAACCUCACCCUGAUCUGGUGCGUGGUGCUGAAGCUGGCCAGCCUGGGAAUGUUCUCCUUCUCGCUGGGUCAGACCGUGCUGUGCGUAGGCAGAAACAAGACCAGCUGCGAGGUUUAUGGCUACAACGCCUGCGAAUACCAGUGCUGGGAGAACUCGGUGGGUGAAGAGUUAUAUAAACUAAUCAUCUUCAACUUCCUGCUCACCGUGGCCUUCGCCUUCCUGGUCAGCCUGCCUCGGAGGCUGUUAGUGGAGCGCUUCUCAGGCCGGUUCUGGACUUGGCUGGACCGGGAGGAGUUCCUGGUGCCAAAGAAUGUGCUGGACAUCGUGGCCGCGCAGACUGUCACCUGGAUGGGUCUCUUCUACUGUCCGCUGCUGCCGCUCCUCAACAGUGCCUUUCUCUUCCUCACCUUCUACAUCAAGAAGUACACCCUCCUGAGGAACUCCAAGGCGUCCCCAAGGCUGUUCCGAGCCUCCAGCUCCACCUUCUUCUUCCAACUGGUGUUGCUCCUGGGCCUGCUCUUGGCUGCAGUUCCUCUGGCCUACGUGAUCACCAGCACCCGCUCCUCCUGGGACUGCGGCCUCUUCGCCAACUAUUCAGCCCCCUGGCAGGUGGUGCCAGAGCUGGUGACUCUCCAGCUGCCACCUGCUGGCCAGCGUACCCUCCAUUACCUCAGCUCUCACGCCUUCAGCUUCCCGCUGCUCAUUCUGCUCAGCCUCGUCCUGACCGUGUGCGUCUCCCAGUCCCGGGCGAACGCCAGAGCCAUCCAAGGGCUGCGGAAGCAGCUGGUGUGGCUGGUCCAGGAGAAGUGGCAUCUGGUGGACGACCUGUCGCGGCUGCUGCUUGAGCUGAGCCCGGAGCCCGAGACCCCUCGCUCUCGAGCUUCGCGUCCGCGGUCCUUCUGCCCUGGAUUCCCGUGCCCAGGCUCACCCGGCCCCAGGACACCCCUGAAAGGACCCUCCACCAGGCUGAGCUCCUCGAGCUCCGGUGCCUCGGUUCCCGUCUCCAAAUUUCACUUCCCCAGCCGCACAGAGCUGUAGCACCGACCCGCCCCCUCCCCGCACACCCACACCCUACCCCCGGCUUUGCCGCAGCUUCCUCCGGUCCUCCCCUCCCAGCCCUUCCACCUCCUUACCCUGUGAUCACUGGUCCCAGGAACCACUGCUUACAGCUGGCUCCAGGGCCUUAUCCUCAGGUCAGCAGGAAGAACAUGAGAAUUUCUACCUCUAUUUUAUUUUAUCUAAUCCCUUCAUAGGUUUUAUUGAGUGUUCUGUAGUGUGCAUAAUGGUAUGUAUAUUAAUUCAUGGAUAUAUUAUAAAUAUACAUUUUUUUGGAAGCAU